AUGACUAAAGGUAAUUCUAACAUUUAUCAUCUUGCUGUCAUCAUCAUCUUAAUACUUAAGAUCAGAGUUCACUUAUCUGAUGAAAGUGAGUUCUUAGUUAACAGAUCAAAAACAGGUCUCAAACAUGUUCCCAAAGAUCUACCUGGGGAAACCACCAUCUUAGAGCUAUCACAAAAUUCUAUAUCAGACCUUCACACUUCUGACUUUUUACCUCUCUCCAAGCUGAAGGUUUUGAUAAUUUCUCAUAAUAGAAUCCAAUAUCUUAACAUCAGUGUUUUCAAGUUCAACCAGGAAUUGGUGUACUUGGAUUUGUCUCACAACGAGUUGGAAACAAUUUCUUGUCACCCCAUUGAGAACCUCAAGCACUUAGACCUCUCAUUCAAUGCAUUUGAUGCCCUACCCAUAUGUGAAGACUUUGGCAGCAUGACCCAGUUAGAAUUUCUGGGCCUGAGUGCCACAAGACUACAGAAAUCUGUGAUGCAGACAAUUGCUCAUUUGAACAUCAAAAAGAUGUUACUGGUCUUAGGAGAAUCUUAUGGGGAGGAAGAAGACCCUGAAAGCCUCCAACAUAUUAACACAGAGAGCCUACACAUUAUUUUCCCCACAGAAAAGGACUUCCAUUUCCACUUGGAUGUGUCAACCAGCACAGCAGUAAGUCUGGAACUUUCUAACAUGAAGUGUGCUACCAUCGAUAAUAGAUGUUCAUUCCAGAAUGUUCUGUUAAAUCUUCAGAAGAAUCCAAAGAUAUCAAAUCUUACUUUAAAUAACAUUGAAACAACUUGGGAUUGUUUCUUCAACAUCCUUCAGUUGGUUUGGCCUACGAGCAUAGAGUAUUUCUCAAUGACAAAUGUGACUCUCCGACAUCAACUUAACUUUGGAAAUUUUGAUUAUACUAACACUUCACUGAAGGCCAUAUCUAUACACCAACUUGUAAGUUAUGUGUUCAAAUUUCCACAAAAUGUUGUCUAUAAAAUACUUUCAAAUAUGAACAUCCCAAGCCUUACAGUAUCCUCCACCCGCAUGGUCCAUAUGCUUUGCCCGUCCCAAUCUAGCCCAUUUCUAUAUUUGGAUUUUUCCAAUAAUCUCUUAACAGAUAUGGUUUUUAAAAAUUGUGACAAUUUAACACUGUUAGAAACACUUAUUUUACGAAAGAAUCAAUUGAAGGAACUUGCAAAUAUAAUUCAAAUGACCAAGAUGAUGAAAUCUUUGCAACAGUUGGAUAUUAGCCAGAAUGCUCUCAGGUAUGAUGUAGAUGAAGGAAAUUGUUCUUGGACUAAAAGUUUAUUAAGUUUAAAUAUGUCUUCAAAUCUGCUCACGGACUCUGUUUUCAGAUGCUUACCUCUCAGGGUCAAGGUUCUCGAUCUUCACAAUAACAGAAUAAGGAGCAUUCCAGAUGCUGUCAAUAGUCUGGAAGCUUUGGAGGAACUCAAUGUUGCCUUCAACUCUUUAACCAACUUGCCCGGAUGCGGCGCCUUUAGCAGUCUUUCCGUACUGACCAUUGACUACAAUGCCAUUUCCAAUCCAGCCGCUGAUUUCUUCCAGAACUGCCAAAAGAUCAGGUCACUGAGAGCCGGAAACAACCCAUUCCAGUGUACAUGUGAGCUGAGGGAGUUUAUCCAGCGUGUAGGCCAAGCCUCAAGGGCAGUGGUAGAGGACUGGCCUGCUUCCUACACGUGUGACUAUCCAGAAAGCGCCAAGGGAACCCCACUCCAGGACUUCCGUGUGUCUCAAUUAUCGUGCAGCCCCUCUCUGCUGCUGGCCACUGUGGUGGGCACUGUGCUGGUGUGGGCCAUAGGCACGACCGUCCUCUGUGUCUACUUUGAUGUGCCCUGGUAUCUCAGGAUGGUGUGCCAGUGGACCCAGACCCGGCGCAGAGCUAGGAAUGUAGACUUAGAGGAACUGCAAAGAGCUCUCCAGUUCCAUGCCUUCAUUUCAUACAGCGGGCACGAUUCUGCCUGGGUGAAGAAUGAAUUACUGCCCAACUUGGAAAAGGAAGAUAUCCGGGUCUGUCUUCAUGAGAGAAACUUUGUCCCAGGCAAGAGCAUUGUGGAGAACAUCAUCAACUGCAUAGAGAAGAGCUACAAGUCCAUCUUUGUCUUGUCUCCCCACUUUGUGCAGAGCGAGUGGUGCCACUAUGAGCUCUACUUCGCCCACCACAACCUGUUUCAUGAAGGGUCUGAUAACUUAAUCCUGAUCUUGCUGGAGCCUAUUCCACAGUAUUCCAUUCCUGGCAGCUAUCACAAGCUCAAAACUCUGAUGGCACGAAGAACUUAUUUGGAAUGGCCCAAGGAGAAGAGCAAACAUGGACUUUUUUGGUUUAACCUAAGAGCUGCCAUCAAUAUUAAGCUGAUGGUGCCAGCAGAAGAAAUAAACCAAAUAGAGGUCUAA